AUGAACUUUGCCGAAGACGAAGACGACGAGGCGCGACAGCUUCAUCAUCCCAUGGGCUACGACGAACACCAUCCCACACUCAUGUCCAACUGGAUGCCCAAUUCGACAGACGAAGGCCUACCGCGCAAGCCGGGCAAGUUUGCGUGGUCGAAUCCUGAGCUGUUGCAGCGCCAGAUUGAUCAUCGGCAACGUGGCGGCGGGCGCCAGUCCCUGCCGCUCGUGAGCUGGUUCCUUGCCCUUGGCAUGACGGGCGCCUUUAUCGCCGAGCUGAUCAUUGCAAAACAGACGACUGGGCAAGCAAUACAGACGCACCCCCAAAUCCAGCCGAUGCUGGGUCCCUCUGCCGAGUUUCUCAUCUCGUUUGGCGCACGAUUUGUACCUUGCAUGCGGAGCAUGCCUGGUCUUCCUGCGACCAACAGGCUGCCGUGUCUGGAAUACACGACGUCGUCUCAAACCACCUUUACGCCGAACCAACUCUGUCCUCUGGCCGAAAUUUGUGGCCUAGCGGAUGCGAGCAAUCCCAAUCAAUCCUACCGCUUUGUGUCGGCAAUCUUUGUACAUUCCGGCAUUGUCCAUAUCCUCUUUAACCUGCUUGUGCUCCUCACGCUCUGCUGCCAAAUUGAAAAGUUGAUUGGCUCCGUGGCGUACACGGUGGUGUUUGUGGCCGGGGGCAUUGGCGGCAACCUGCUCGGCGGCAAUUUUGGGUUGAUCGGGCAGCCCGCACUUGGCGCCUCGGGCUCGAUUUAUACGUGUAUCAGUCUCGAGAUUGUGGACUUGAUCUACAACUCGAAAUACGAAAAUCGGGCACGGACACGCAUUGUGACCUCGACCAUCUUUUCCAUCAUCGGCCUGGGCCUAGGGCUCUUGCCGGGCAUCGACAACUUUUCGCACAUUGGCGGGUUCUGCAUCGGAAUCCUCGGCGGCCUCUUCUUUGCCCCGUCCAUCCAUGCUACGCGCUCACACAUGAUCGGGACCUGGGUGCUGCGGCUGAUCGGCCUGGGCCUGCUGGUGGCCUACUUUGUGGCUCUCGGCCUAAACUUUUACCGCAGUGAAGACCCGCGGCAGGCGUGUACCUGGUGCAGGUACCUGUCCUGCUUGCCCGUCUUCCAAUCGUGCAAAGGGAUUGGUAUCUCGACCACCGAUUCCGAUGGACAAACGGCGACCAACUAG